AUUUAGUAACAUUCCAAGAUGUCGCUGUCAACAUCACAAAGUUUUCUAAAUUUAUUUAUUUUUUGUGUGUUUUUAGCCACAACAAGGGCUGAUCAACCAGAGACAGGAGAGUCAAACGUUCAGGUGGUCAACUUCGAUGUGAAACCAGGUGGACAUACCCAGAGCUUUGACCAAACCGUGGGAGACUUCAACUGCAAAUUUACAUAUGCUUGCCAGGGUGGAACCAAAGAGGAAUGGGUGUUUGCAAUCUCACAUGAUGAUGACGAGUCACACUGGUCCUGUUCUGUGGAGAGACCAGGCGGCACAUCAUAUCUCUUCUUCGAACAUUUCAAGCUAGAAAUCUCAGGGGCCAACAUACAUGGUGUCGAAGCAUAUGGAAAAGAAGAUACCCCGUUGGAGCCAAAUGAGUUUAAAAUUAACAAGAAAAAGAAUUUAGUAAAAGAAAAAGCAGAUAAAUUUAAAUCACAAUUAGCUCACCUUAAAGCCUUUGCCCAUAGAGGAAAACAAGAACUGUGAUGUCAUUAUCGUGAUGUUGAAAUAUGCAAUAAGUCGGUGACAACAACAUUCUCCAAAUGCACCAGUUCCUCUCUGUUCUUCAUUCAUCUCUGCGGAUGGUAAAUCCUUACCAUGUGUAUUUGUUUGAAUCAGCUUCUUAAAGAUGGCUUCAUCUACGUGUAUUAGAGCUAACCUCUAGCCCAGGGUAGUCUAUUUAUUUUGCUGUUGAUUUUUUCAUUAAGAGACCACAACAGGGGUCAUCCUAUUGAUUUCAUCAAUAUUUAUUAUCAAUAUUAAGGAGCCCUCAAUUUUUAAAUUUUAAUCAAACCAGUAUUUUGUUUUGUCACCCACAAAGUGGGAAGAACGAGAGAAUGACUCAACAAAUCAUCAACCAAGGAUCAUGAUAUUCAUAGUCUAUUGCAACAAUAAUAUGGUAUAAUAUUAUUUAAAAAGAUAAAAUAAGCCAUGCAUGAGGAUGACAAUACCAUGGUUACAUGAUCACAAAAAACACAUAAAUAUAUGUGUAUAGUAAUCUGUAUGUCAGUGUGACAGUUGAAUGCUCAAGACCAAAUUGUAUUUUAUAAAACUUGUCAUAUUACUGUAUCUUAUUAUAAAAUAAAAUAAAACAAGUAUGUACAUUAAAUGUAUACAAA